AACAAAACAGCAGCAGGAGAAGGAGCAUUAGCGGAGCUUUACACAGCCCUGCGCGAAAAAAUCUCGAUGACAAAACUCCUAUCUUAUUACCGCUCCUCCUAACCUGUAAGUCUUGAAAGAUGAGACACUAGAUAAUUUAUCCCAGCUCGUUCUGGAAGACUUUGUGCGCCUUAUGGGAAUUAAAACAAAGGCCCGUGUUUGGAGUGAUGAGCUUUAGCCUGUUAGCCCGACAGCUUCAACCUCCAGCUGACAGAAACCUCCACAUCUCAGCCGAAAACAACGUAUUAAUCUGCUUGCAUGGAGAGAAUGGACUGAAGACUGCUCAGACAGCCAUAAUUGACUAGAUGAACAAAUCAAGCUGGAGGCAGGCUCAGCGGAGAACUCAACAUGAAGCUGUAUGUGUUUCAAGUCAACAACGGAAGCACAUUGACAUUUGACACUGAACUUGCUGUCCAAACCGUGUUGGACCUUAAACAUGCCAUUCAGGCCAAAUAUAAAAUUGCAGUCCAGCACCAGGUGCUGGUGGUCAAUGGAGGGGAGUGCAUGGUGGCAGAGAGGCGCGUGUGCAGCUACAGUGCCGGAACGGACACCAACCCGAUCUUCUUAUUCAACAAAGAGAUGAUCCUGUCUGACCGAGCUCCAACCAUCCCCAAAACGACCUUCUCUAUAGAGAAUGAGAUGGAGCUGAAGGUGGAGGAGUCACUCAUGAUGCCUGCCGUCUUUCAUACCGUUGCAUCCCGCACUCAACUGGCUGUGGAAAUGUUUGAGGUUGCCAAGAAGCUUUGCUUGUUCUGUGAGCGUCUGGUCCAUGACGAACACCUUCAGCACCAGGGAUGGGCGGCCAUCAUGGCUAACCUGGACGACUGCACCCUAUCCUAUCAAAAACUCCUCAUGAAAUUCGACACUGCUUAUACCAAAUACCAACAGGAUUUUGAAGACAUCAAAUUAAAACUCACAAAGCUUGGCAUUGCUGUCUCAGUCAUGGCGAAGAUUCCUCUGCUUGAGAGUUUGACUCGGCAGAGCUACAGAGAAAGCUUGGAGAAGUCCAGCUCCCCUCACCCGAGAACCUCAGAUGAAGACGAGAAUGAGGAUGAAGAAGUAGGAGAAACAUCCACCCAGUCCGCUAUCAGCCAUAAGAAUCGGAAGUCGCCCUCGCCGGUCUCUGGUUCAGGGGAAGCGUCGUCCCAGGCGUCCUUCUCUCCUCAGCACAGACUGAAGAGCAGCUGUAGUCUAAAAGCAGCGCUAGAGGAAGAGGAGGAGUCUCCGGAGGGGGGAGCCACACCCUCUUUCAAUGUCACGCUCUUGGAUUGGAUCAAUGUUCAGGACAGACCUAAUGAUGUGGAGUCCGUAGUGAGGAAGUGUUUUGACUCUAUCAACAGGGUGAGUAAUAGUCGCCUGUGAGUCAUUGAGAAGGAAAUG